UGGGCAUGAGUGUAGAGGACGGGGGUAUGCCAAGCCUGGGCCGUCCACGGCAGGCCCGCUGGAUCCUGAUGCUACUCCUGUCCACUGCCAUGUAUGGUGCCCAUGCCCCGUUGCUGGCACUGUGUCACGUAGACGGCCGAGUGCCUUUCCGGCCCUCUUCAGCCGUGCUGUUGACGGAACUUACAAAGCUGCUGCUGUGCGCCUUCGCCCUCCUGGUGGGUUGGCAAACAUGGCCCCCAGGAGGCCCACCCUGGCGCCAGGCUGCUCCCUUCGCACUAUCAGCCCUCCUGUAUGGCGCUAACAACAACCUGGUGAUCUAUCUUCAGCGUUACAUGGACCCCAGCACCUACCAGGUGCUGAGCAAUCUCAAGAUCGGAAGCACAGCCCUGUUCUACUGCCUGUGCCUCCGGCACCGCCUCUCCGCACGCCAAGGGUUAGCACUGCUGCUGCUGAUGGCAGCAGGGGCCUGCUAUGCAGCAGGUGGUCUUCAGGAGCCUAGGAACCCUCUUCCCGAGACCCCUCGAGUAGCUGCUGCCAGCCCCAUGCCCCUGCAUAUCACUCCACUCGGACUGCUGCUCCUCGUCCUGUACUGCCUCAUCUCGGGCUUGUCAUCUGUGUACACCGAGCUACUCAUGAAGCGACAGCGGCUGCCCCUGGCACUUCAGAACCUCUUCCUCUACACUUUUGGUGUGCUCCUGAACCUAGGUCUGCAUGUGGGCGGUGGCUCCGGCCCAGGAUUCCUGGAAGGUUUUUCAGGAUGGGCAGUGCUGGUGGUGCUGAGCCAGGCGCUCAGCGGCCUGCUCAUGUCAGCUGUCAUGAAGCACGGCAGCAGCAUCACGCGCCUCUUUGUUGUGUCCUGCUCGCUGGUGGUCAACGCCGUGCUCUCGGCGGCCCUCCUGCAGCUGCAGCUCACAGCCGCCUUCUUCCUGGCCACACUGCUCAUCGGCCUGGCUGUGCACCUGUACUAUGGCAGCCGCUAGCCCCUGCUCCCUGACCCUAGACCCUAUAGAUCGGGCACCACCUUCAGAGCCACCCCCAGGUCUCCGACCCCCUCCCCUCAGCAGCCCUGUAACAAGUGCCUUGUGAGAAAAACGGGAAGUGAGAGCAUCCAGAUCGGUGUCUGGGAGGUGGAUGGAUAAUGGGGUACCUCUGGGAGUUGUGAAGAGUGGGCUUGGUUAAGGAAACUCUUGCCCUCCCUACCCCCAAGUUCUUCCAGACUAAGGAAUUAAAAUCUAGGCCUGAGAAAUGACCCUAUCCCUGAUGAGGGAGGCACUCUGCCUUAUCUUGGAUGAAUGCAGCUGCUCAGAAUAGGGUGUGGGUGACAGGUGGCUUUCCUUGCCAGCUGUGGUCAUCCCCACAGACCCACUUCUCCCAGGCCUGGUACUUACUGCUCCAGACACCAUAAGGGAUACUUAACCCCUGACUGUCACGCAGGAAGAGCCAGUUGCCACAGUUCAUACAACCACCACUCAGGCGCUCUGCCAGCUACAGUAGUGCCUGGAGAUGUGCCCCCCCCCCUCUGCAGCGCUGCUCCCCUCCCCCAGCCUUGGUUCUGGAAACCCCAGAGAGGGCUGCGGCUUGACUAUCUCAGGGAAUGUUGCCCCUGGGCCCUGGCUUAAGCCCAUACUUCUGACAUCUCCUUACCCCAAGGGCCCUCUUGAAGCCCUUCGCCAUCUCUAAAGCUCCUAGGAGAUACCAUCCUUCCCACUCUGGGUCCUGCUCCAACCUGGCAGUGUCCCAGCUUCAACAGCCUGGGGAAGCUCUCUGCAGAGUGACCGGUUACAGGAAACUUCUAAGUUCAAUCAGUGUCUCUAAUUGCAUAAGCAAUAAGGUGUUAAUAAAGUGUUCUAAGGUCUGGGCUGGUUCCUACAACUGGC